AUGUUCUCAUCAAAAUCAAAACAAAUUCGCUUACUAUCAACAUCUGGUAGUAAUAGUAAUAGCAUCAGCGGUAACGCAAAUAAUGUUAUUAGUGGUAGUAGCCCAAAUCUUAAUAGCAAUUUUGGUAACAAUACAACUAAUAGUAACCAUAAAUCAGAUGAUUCAACAAUUUGUAAAAAUAAUAGUGGCAGCAAUAGCAGUGGUGGUGGUACAACCAAAUUAUCGUUAUCAUCAGAAAAUGUUAGAAAAAAUUCUAUUGAAUCUGUAUCGGGUAAUAACACAAAAUCAUCACCAUCAAAAUUAUCAUCUGAUAAAUGUAACUCAAGUGAUCAAAAAAGCUCUAAUGCCAGCAAUAAUAGCAGUAAUAGUAACAGCAGUAGUAGUGGUGGAGGUUUAUCAUAUUUUAGUUCUGGAAGUUUUACUAGAAUUUUUAAAAGUUCAGCAUCAUUUGUACAAAAUCCAUUUAAUAUAUCUAGUUAUAGUAAUAGCAGCAACAGUAGUAAUAGCAAUAGCAACAGCAAUAGCCCUAGCAAUAACAAAACCACAUCGAAUUCGACAGCAAAUUCACAAACAUUAUCAAACAACGAAAUUAUUAAUAAUAAAUCUGUACCUACAACAAAAAAUAUAUCAUCUUCGAAAGUAUCUACAACAUCAACCACAAAUACAAUAUCAGGCACAACUACAGCAACCUUCUCUAAUAAUAAUUCUAAAGCAGCUCCAUUAGCAAUAUCAAACACUCACUCAGCAAUAAAAAUACAAAAUGAACGGCUACAAACACACCAAUCAAGCCAAAAAUCUUCAACAUUUUUAAAAGCUUUCAGUAAUAGUAGCAAUAACAAUAGUAGUAUUGUCGUUGAUAAUGGCGAUAGUGGUAAUGAUUCUAAUGAAUCUCUUAAAUCUAAAAACUCAAAAGAUUUAAAUAAUAGUUUAAGUAAUAGCAUUGGUCAUAAAAAUUCAGAAAAUAUUUUCAAAACUAUAAAAAAAACUGGUACUGGUAUUUUAUCACCCGAAGAUAAAAAACUAACAACAUCAUCGUCAUUAGCAUCAAAUACAAAAUCUCAACAAGCAAAUUUUUCUACAAAUACAACAACAAAUUCUAAAUCGAUUACAACAUCUAAUACAACAAAUUUAACAAGAAAUGGCAGUAUACCCAAAAAGGACACAAUAUCAUCAUCGUCGUCAGCAACAUCAAUACCAUCAACAAUAAAAUCGUCAACAAAAUCAAAAUCUUCGGGUAAUGAUUUGAUAAGAAUCUCUUCAGCUAGUGAUAUGUUUAAAACGGUCGGUGAUUUAGUUGGUAAGCGUUCAAAAAAAUCUCAUUCAGUGUCAUCAUCAUCUGGAACAUCAAUUACAAAAGUAACAUCAACAACUGCAAAUAUAAAUAGUAAGAAUACUGAUAGCAAAAAUGUUAUUAUCACUUCAACCGUUGCAUCAUCAACAGUAACAACAAAUAAUACUAAUUUAAUAAUACCAAAUGGUUAUCCCGGACAGAAAAUCUCUAAAGAUAACAAUAUAAACAGUAAGAGUAUUGUUCAAAAUAAUAAUAGUAAAUCUGCUUCACCAUUUUUUAAACCAAUCACACAAGCGAUUAAAAGAAUUGAUAAUAAUAAUUCAACAACAGUAACACAACCACAACAACUUACAUCAUCUGCAUCAUCUUCGUCAACACUAUCUCUAACAAUGAAUAAUGGAAAUGUACAGGGAGUGAAAAGUUUACAUAUCAAUAAAACUCAACUGAAUGAACUUUCACCAAGUGGAAUACCGAUAAAUACAUCAAAAACUUUAGUUAAAUUAAAUGAUAAAACUGGUAAUAGUGGAUCAUAUACUUUUCAUAAUAAAAAAUCACCUUCAUCUGAACAACAGCAGCAGCAACAGAAAACAAGUGAUUUCAGAUCAAAAUAUAAAAGUCCAUUAGAUAUGUCAAUUAUAUUGCCACAAACGAUAUCGUCCGAUUUAAAUGAUAAUAGUAUUAAUUUUGAUAAUGAUCAUGAAGUUGAACAAACAAUUGAUCGUGUUGAAGAAGUCUUAGCAGCAAUGGAAAAUUCAGCAAGAUUAGGUGGAAAUAGUAUUGUUAAUAAUACAGAUUCACCAUUAAUGAGUAGAUUUCUGUCCCCAACGAAUGAUUUAAACCGUCCACAACAACAGCAACCGAUAACGUCUAAUUCAAUUGCUUUACAACAAUUUCAGCAAUAUCAAAGUCUGAAAAACCCACCAUCAAUAUUAUUAUCACAACAACAGCAGCAACAACAUCAACACCAUCAAACUGCCACUGUAAGUCCGUACAAUUUUACAACAACUAUAACGAAAAGUGCUACCUUAAGUUGUUCAGAUAUUAAUGAACUCGAGGAAAAGGUGUCAAGUGCGAUAUCAUCGGAAGUUGCAUGCUUAAAAAUUGUUGAAACGGUUGAUGAUAUUUCAAGUAAUCCAAUAGCUAAAUUAAGGAAAUCAUCAUCAAAUUUGUGUUCAACAACACAACAACAACGUAAUUUAAGUAGUCAAAUGUUAAAACAAGUUAAUACGAGCAUAGAAAAUAAUAAUUAUACAACAACACCACCUCCACCACCAGCGCCAAGUGGUCAACCACAGCAGCAACAACAGACAUCAUCAUUUAUUAGUUAUAUAAUAGCGUCAACAACAGAUUUACCAGAUAUUGAAGAGGAAGACAUAUUAACGGAUAGCCCAACUACUCCAAUUUCAACUAAUACAGUGAUUGGAAGUGGUAACAUUACUAAUUGUAACAACAAUAAUAAUACUAAUGUUGAUAUUGAUGAAGAUGAUGAAUUUUAUUCUGCAUCAAGCCGUAACCCAUUUAAUAAUUUAGGGCAAACAUUAAGAUAUCCGUCGCACUCAAAUUUAACAGCAGUUGAAAAAUAUCCUGAUCUUAGAAAACUGGCAUCAUCAUCGACAGUUUCUUCUGUUUCUGUUUCAUCAUCAAUCUCAUCAUCGCCGUCAUUAAUACAACAGAGUAAUUUUGAUCCAAACCGUACUAAAACUUUUAAUAAUAGCGGCAGUCCUCUUAUGAGUUCAGAAGAUAUACGAAAAAAAAUUCAACUAGAGUCAUCAGCAAAUGCACUUUACCAUACUUUAACAAAAAAGAAUAAACAACAACUGCAACAGCAUCCAACACCACCUGAUUCAUUAGAUCUAUCGAAUAUUAAUAGCAAUAACUAUAAUAAUUAUGAAAAUCAUAUAAAAAAUUUAUCAGAAAUAAAUAGUUCUUCAUUGUUAACAUCAUCAAAUACAUUAACAGUUGGAUGUAAUGUUGAAAUUGAUGAUAAUACUAUUCGUUUAGAUGGUAUUUUAGGUGGUACUGGUAGUACAUUUAAUGAUAUAUUAUCUGAUUCAAUUGUUGAAACACCAGAAUUGAAUAGUAAUGCAACACAAUUUGGUACAAAUAUUUGUAAUGGCAUUACUGGAGGUGGUAUAUUUUCAUCAGGUGGUAUUUUAACAAGUGCAACUGGAACAACAACGACACCUUCCUCAAUUACAUCAAACUUUCGUUUUAAUGGUAAUAAUGACAUAAGUGUUAAUAAUAAUAACCAUAAUAAUAAUAAUAUUAGUAAUUGUCAUAACAGCAGUAACAGUGCAUUUGAAAUGAAUAUGUCAUAUUUAGUAGAAGAAUUAAAGAAAGCAUGA